UCAAAUGUUCAAAAUUGAAAAAAAGGAGAGGAGAGAGUGAAAAACCCUUGUUCUCUCCCACGUUUUUAAAUCAAUGUCGGAUGUCAUGGUCGACCAUACACAAAAACUGGAAGAAACAGCCGUCCCAAACAACUUAGAGCAACAGGACAAACAAGACGAAGAACAACCGCAGCAAUCAGUACAAGAAAAUGCAGAAUAUGAAGAUGAAGAGUUACACAAGCUUCUGGUCCCUGACAUAACCCAACUUCCUCUCAUUCCCCCCUCUGCUGUUGAAUUCAACUUUGCCUCUUACUUUGCUCCAGAUUUUAUGAAACCAGGAAACGAUCAGUAUGUUUAUCGUCAUGCCAAUGGAUUGUGUGUUGUUGGCCUGGCUUCAACUCACUUGGCAUUUAACGAUAAGGGUGGGAUCACGGCCGUUGAUUUCAAUGUUGGCAAAUCCGAUCGCAGUGGUAUGAAAGUCACCGGAAAGAGAAAAAAGAAUGCUCAACACUUCGAGUCCAAUACAGCUUUGUGCAAGGUUUGCACCAAUGGUGAUUCAUAUAUUGUAAGGUGUUGUGUUAAAGGCUCUCUUUUGGAAGUGAAUGAAAGAUUAAUCAAACAGCCAGAGCUGCUUCAUUCAUCAGCAGAUAGAGAAGGAUACAUAGCAAUUAUAAUGCCAAAGCCAGCAGACUGGCUGAAGGUCAAGGCUUCCUUGUUGAGCCUUGAAGAUUUCAAGAAAUUGAGAGCACUUUGCUGAACUUAAACUGCAGAAAUACAGGAACCAAGAGAAGCCUGCUCUAUACUUGAUCGCAGAAUUCAAGCAGAAGGAAUCCCUUCAUCAACGGUUUUUCUGAUUGCGAAAAGCUCUAUACUUCUACUUUCCUAGAUUUGGGUCGGGUGAACUAUGCAACACAAUGCUUCAUUUUUGUUUGUUUUUUCUUCAGCUAAAUAAUUUAAUAGUAGAACUGUUUUAUUUUCCAAUCCCAUGAAUGAUAGAAGCAAAAAAAGUAAAGCCAUUUUCAA